AUGUUCGAGGCCCUUUGGGAAGGAAAGGACAUUCCGAAGCUAGAGAAGAUCAAGCAUGAAAAAGCAGCAGCCUUGUGCAAGUCAACGGAGACCGCGAAGAAGAGAAUCUCUCAGCACGCAGCGAAGUCGUUCUUGUUUUAUCUGACCGGAGAGUUGACAAAAUUCAACAAAAAUUUCAGCAAAUCAAAUCACAUCGAAUGCACGCACCAUUCUAAUCUGCUAAAAAUCACGAAAUACUUCCUCACCAUCGAUUCCGACUUGGUCGACAAGGCAGACUCGGAAUAUUUAGAAGAACUGGAUUUUCGACAAAUUAUCACGAAAACAGCGAAAUUGCUGGCAGAAAUGAAUCUGAGACUGGCUAGAGAAGAUUGCAAGGGAACGGAUAAUUUCGAGUUGCUUGUGAACGAGUCGAAAAUUCAAGAAAUAUUAAUCAAACUUCAGCAAAAAGAAUCUCGACGAAUUGAAAAAUUAAUGCAAUGA